AAACAAGUGUGGGGGGAAAAAAAGAAAAAAAAGAAAAGAUUUUAGAUCACGUGGCCACCACGUCAUACUCAGAAUAUGCUGGCUGGGUGUAGCCAAUAAAAAUACAACAACCUCUCCACUGAAACCUAAUGACUUGCUCUGCUCGCCUAUAUCCACGCAACAUGCAUCAAUCUCAGAGAAUGAGACUUUAGAUCGUCUUGGCAGACUGAGUUACUGAAAAUAAACAGAAGACGCCAGCCGAAAGUGAAAAUGGCAAAUCAAACAGACUUUCUGCCCCAGACUGAGAUGAGCACCGACAUGCAACCCUUCAACACCACCUCAACAUCCAGCCCCUUCAACACCUCAGACUUCAUUGCCAAAAUCGCAGCCAACGACCUGACAUCCAGGGCCAACUACGUCUAUGCGCUCUGUGCCGUGCUGGGCUUGGCCUCGGCGUGCAUUCUACUCUACGCCUUAAUUCGGUCCUACAGAGCCCAGAGGUACCUGGCCUGGCUGGACUCCCUGCUCUGGGCCUUUUCCAGCUCCCAGCUCCUUCUCUUGCUCCUCUCCCUCUCUUCCGUAGCACACCGGCCCAGCUACCUGGUGACCACACACAUCGGCUGUGCUGCGCUCGCCUUCACCGUCAACAUGGCAUCCCUCUGCGGGCUGUUGCUCCUGGUGUUCAUGGGAUACGCCCUGACCUUCGACACCCCAACUCACACCCUGCUGAAGAGGGCUGGGGUCUGUGUGGCUCUGGUGCUUCUGGUUUCUAUCCUGUGCUCCUUGGUGCUGGCCAGACUCAGAGGCCCCUCCAAGGAACUGCAUUUGGAGGGCAUAUGUAUUAUAGACCCAACUGAGGCAGGAAGGUCUUAUGCCAUGGCGAAGCUUUGUCUGGGGUGCCUAAUUCCCUACCUCCUCAUUCUGGGGCUCCUGACAGGCGGCUGCGUCCGCCAAUGGAAAUCCAGCAGCCGGUUCCUCUCCGGAUCAGAGGAAGGUCCGGUGUUCCUGGCAGUGGCUGUGGUGAUAUUUGUAUGUCAGCUAUUCCAUGGCAUUGUGCUGGUAAGGGGGGCAGGGAUGCAGCAGGCUGGUGAUCUCAGCUAUCACGAGAGGGCGUUCAUGCACGUGUCCGAGUUUGUGAUGUUCUCUGGGAGUUGUGUGUGUCUAGUGUUAGUGCUCCUGCUGCAUAGGCCGUGCAGGGAAAGCCUUCUGGAGGUGACCAGGCAACUCCGCGACUGCUGCCGGGGCCUGGGGGGCCGACAGACCCACAGACACAUCAUGGCCCCCCAUAUUGAGAUCGCUGACACUCAGGACUAUAACCCUUAGGUCAAUAACCAUCUCAGACAUUCUGGAUUCAGGGAUAUUAUGCCUUUUUAAGACCGCCAAAUCUAUCCUUAUAAACGAUGAUUCAUAUAUAUAUGAUUUAUUAGAAGCUGACAGCAGAUAACUUAAAAGCAAGGAUACAUUCUGAAAGUUUAGUUGCUGAUCGUUUACAUUUAAUUUUAGCUUGAAUUUGAAGAGGUGUAAAUAGUGUUACUCAGACAGUUUUGUUUUCCCAUGUACUUUUUGUAACUUUUUCAAUGUAAUGAUUAUAAUCUUAUUUCAUGUAUGAUCAGCGUACUGUUACUUCACCAACCGACUGACUUUUGUUUAUGAAAACCUUUUUUUCGGCAAAUCGAACGAUGUCUGUACAAUUCAUUGGUGACUUUUGCAAUAUGAUGAUCGUGAAAUUGCAAACGAAGAAGAGUAAAACGAAGUUGUGCAAUGACAAAUAAACCAUGAACAAUCA